CUAAUUUACUUGUUUGUGUUGUUUAGUACUCUAGCAAACAAAACAUUCGAGAGGAGCUGGCAAAAAUGUUGCGCGAAUUUUGUGCUGUUUUUCUUGUCGUGGCGAUUUUCUCCACGGAAAUCCAUGGAAGACCUUCAAUUAGAUCAGGUUUGAAGAAGUGCUUCGACCAUAAAUGCCCGGAAAAUACUUUCGCUUGUAGCAGACGUUCUGAAAUUUCUUCGGAUAAAAAGGAAAUUGUUUCAGAAAUAAAAUGCUUAGAUCUCCAUAAUAAAGUCUUAGACUCGGUGUCAACUUCAGAACCGAAUAAAUUUGGACCAGGAGUUUUCUUCCAAGGUUACAGUUACACAGCUGCUUAUGAAUACUCGGAUGACGAUACUGACACUGCAGACGAGAAGAACAAGGAUGUUGGAGAUAAUGCAAUUGAUAGCGAUAAGAAAGAAUCAUACGGCAAUUCAGAAGUAGAGGAUUUGAAUAGAGAUGUUCAGCCUGAGUAGCUUUAUUUGUAGCAUUUCGCAAACGAUGACUCAUUUUUAAGUACUGAGUACAAACAUUACUUUUAUGUAGUUCGAUAGGUUAUCGACUAUAGAAUUGUUUUGCUUUCCUCAUAUAUUCUGUGAAAAAUUUUCAUUAUAUGUUUACGGCCUAACUUUUA